CUUUAACUCUAUCAAUUCGAAGAUAGGACCUGAAGUUCCACUGAAUGAUACGAUUUGGAAGAACUUUUUGCAAAUCGUGCACUAGAUACAACAAUAAACUUCCCAACUUAAAGAAGACUUCAACCAUCAACGUUACAAGUACAACCGUAACAUUACCUACCAUCAACAAUAGGAAGAUCACUGUAGAAACCAAAAUGGGAGUCAAGGGAAAACUGCCGUCACCACGUCCUCGCACCACUGGUGGUCGAAACACGAACAAACCGACGACAUCUACACCCAACGUGGGACAUACUGAAUCAGUUUUCAAGGCCAAUUUGGAUGAAUACUUCAACACCACUAAAUUCCAAAUGAAUAAGGCUCUGAUACCAGUACUUCGUCAUUAUAUGGAAAGGGUUUAUUUGAGAGAACAACCACUUUUUUGCUUUGAUGUUGAGGCAUGGGAGGGGAAUAACAAUUUGGUGACAGAAAUCGGGAUUGCAGUUUAUGAUCCAAAGGGACAAGAGAAUGCCAUUUUCCCCAAUAUUUCUCUGUACCAUAUUAUUAUUGAUGAGAAUAAGAGCAAAUACAAUGGUAGAUUUGUACCUAACAAUAAGAACAACUUUGUUGGAGGGACAUCGCACGUGCUUCCAGAAGGAGAAGCAAAAGUAUUUCUUAACAAAAUGAUUCGUCAAUAUUUCUUUGAAGAUCCUCGUGGGGCAGUAUUUGUUGGUCAUCAUAUUGGAGGAGAUAUCAAGUGGCUUCAGAGCAUUGGAGUGGAGUUCCCAAAGGAUGGAGGCAUUGUGGAUACAUUAAAGAUCUAUAAUUUAUCGCAUGGGAAAAAUGGUGGAGGAUUAAGAAGUGUUUUAAGAUUGAUGGAUAUUCCACAUGCAUAUCUUCAUAAUGCCGCCAAUGAUGCAUACUACACCUUACUUGCUGCGUUAGUUUGGUGUGAUCCAGCCGCGAGAAGAGCAAAAAAGAUCGACUCACAUGUAGUGCCCCCAGCCAUAUACCCAACCCCUCAGAAACUGCGUGGUGAAGCUGAAGCUGCUAAAAGACUCAAGAGACAAGAAAAGUUUACUGAUACUGCUAGAAAGGUGACCAUACAGGAUGGGUCCAUUUUAUAUAAAGAGCAUGGUGAGUAGUUAGAAAUGAUAUAGAG